UCCGUAUUGUGAAUUAAGUGGUUUACUUAGGGUUUAUUCUUUUUUCCCCCCACAAAGCCAUACCAUUCCCCCAUUCGGACGUCUAGAAACAGCGAGCCCGCAAACGCUCUCACCGGCCACCGGUUACUGACCGACGCCGUCGCUGCCACACAUCAAUAUCCCCAUAGAAACCGAUCGAAUCUCCCCUCCUCGGUGUUGUGCUGCACUGCUGCUGCUUCCUCCCUGCUUCAUUCUUCAAAAACGCGUAAUUGGUGACGGUGCUACAGUGCUACUGUUUGCUUGUUGCAUCUUUUAAAAUUUACAUCUAGUCCUCUUCUAUUAUUGGCUUGAACACUUCUUUAAGAAUAUGACUGAUUAUAAGUUAUAUUUUUCUCUUCAUGUAUUGAAGGGCUUGAUGUUAUUAUUAAUUCUCCCCAAGCCUUGAAUAGGUACAAGUCUUGAGUGACUACAUUUAUCCAGCAUAUAUACGUAAGAUGUCUCAUCACUUGUUGCGAGCAAAUGACAUGCGAGGUUCAUCUAUAGAUCCCCUGAGUAGAGAUGUAAUUCCCGUGAGGUCUAGAGCUUAUGGUUUGGAUGAUAUCUCAGGUUAUGUGUCGAGGGAUGAACCUUUAAUUGGUGGUGUGACAGCUGGAGUGAGUGUUAGAGGUUACUCCCCUCGUGAUGACCCCAUUCUAAUGAGCCAUAGGCGAGAUGUCCCUUUAGGCAUUAGUUCUGUGGCUCCCGGCAAUGCAGAUAUGAUUUAUGAGAGACCUAGUUCUCAGAUAAGGGUUGAUGGUCCCCCUUUGCACGGACGGGAAUCCAACAUUCUUUUUGUUGAUGGGCUUCCUGCUGACUGCACCAGAAGGGAAGUUGGUCAUAUUUUUCGUCCUUUCAUAGGUUAUAAAGAUAUCAAAGUCAUACACAAGGAACCAAGACGGACUGGAGACAAGGCAAUGGUUUUGUGCUUUGUUGAAUUCAAUGAUUCAAAAUGUGCACUUACAGCUAUGGAUGCCCUUCAAGGCUACAAAUUCGAUGAUAAGAAACCUGAGUCCUCAAUCAUCAGGAUUCAUUUCGCACAUUUUCCCUUUCGUCUACCUUCUGAAACACAAUGAUUGACAUUUACGGAUAUUGUGUUAUAGAUCAACAUUCUACUAGUCGGAGAUUACAUGUCUGAUCAUAGGCCUUCGAGAUCAUUUGCUUGAAUUGUCUUGACUCAUUUCGCGAAAAUGUGCUCAACAGUCCAAAAUCUAGCUGAUGUUUGUGUGUUUUUUCACUGUCGGGUUCAAGUUGUGCUUUUAUGGAUGUUCAUGGUGAUGCAGCCCAAACACGCUUUUAGUCUCCAUAAAUUUCCAUUUGAUCUCAUUACUGCGUUGGUGAACAAGCUUUUUGGUCAUGGAAGUUAACAAAUGACUUCAUUUAAAACUCCAAUUUCAAAAAGUCAUUGUAUGAUCAACGUUUUAUUACUAGGAUGUUUUGUGCACCGAAUUGCCUUUUUUAAUACAAAGAUAAUGUGAAAUUUCCUUUACUUUCCUCGAUCAAAAGAACGAUGUUGCACCGGAGACUGGAUCUGGAACAUAAUUUGCAAUUCAUGGUGCUACAAUUACAAUUCAAAGUAUCGACCAACUACAUCAAGACAAGCUUGUUAUAUUUUAUGAUGACAAAUUAGAUGGGCGAUAUGGUUUAUCAUACAGCCGUAUAUAAAAAUAUAAUAGUACUUUUAUUAUUUUCUCCUCUAGGCUCUAUCCCUUCGCACAUUGAUCAUAAGUUAGUUAUUGGGAGAAUAACAUAAAAUUUGUAUUGCAUGGAUGUGAUCGGUCUAAAAGUGAUCCGACGUAAAUAUUCAAUUUAUAAUCAAAAGUUAUUCAACUCGAAAAUAUGUUUGUGUUUUAGGUUUACCAAAUUUAUAAGCGGAAUACACGAGGUAUGAUGAUGAUGAUGUUUACCAAAUUGAUGUAUGUUGAAUUGAUGUUUACCCGAAUCAGAUAAUAAAUGAAAAUUAGAAAA